CCGGUCCCAACAGUUGGAGCCGCGGCGAAGGAAACACAGGGUGCGACCAUGUCUGCGGGCGACGAGGCGGGAGCCUAGCCGCCCCCACGCGAUGCGGCGGCGCCUCGUGCUGGCGCUGCUGGCUCUGGCGGCGGCGGCGGCGGCGGCGGCGGCGGCGGGCGUCGACGUGGCGGCACCCGGGGGGCUCGGCGUGGCAGCCAAGAAGUGCCGCGAGAGGUCGUGCCCCGCCGACAACUACUGCAGCGAGUUCGAGUCCGUGUGCAAGCCGUGCGCCGACAUCUGCGAGACCGCGUCGCACAACUUCCAGGAGCUGACCUGCGUGCGCGACUGCCAAGAUUAUAUCCAUGAUCGGCGGUACGCAAGCAAAAAUGACAUCAACAAGCUCUACGUCAUGGUCAUCAUAUGCUUCGUCCUGCUCGGAACCAUACUGGCCGCGCUCGUCGGGGGCCUGCUGUUCUGGUUCCUGAGGUGCCGCACGGAUAAAAUUCUGUUCUGUCACUUCAAGAAGAAAGAGGCGUCGCAGAACAACAACAAGGGCGCCGAGGAAGGAGCGCGAGGCGGGUACAACAAGUCGGAGGCGCUGAAGCUGGAGAUGCCCGCGCCGGCCGCCACGAGCGCUGCGGGCAGCGUCAGCCCGUCCUACGCCGGCCCCGUGUCGCCCACCACCACGUCGACGCCGCUCAGCCGCAACAGGCACCCGUCGGAGGACGCGACGCUCGACUACGCGUACGACAACCCGGUCAUGACGCCGUCGCCCGUGCUGGAGCAGCAGAACGUGUCCGGCGGCCACCAGAACAGGGAGAGCUCGUUCUGACGAUCCCCUGUCUACAACUCAGUACUACACGUGCCACGUGCUGUCCAGCGGCAGCGUUGGUUUGCAGACAGUUGAAACAGAAAAACUUCACGGGUGUUUUAGAUAGGAAAAGUUUCUUGGGUUAGCGAUAAAAAUUGAAAGACGCCAUCUUGCUUUCAGUCAGUAUUACACGUGUGAUAUACUGUCCAAUGGCAGUGUUCUUUUUAGAGAGAAUUGAAACAGAAAAAUGCCAAUUUGAUUGUUUUAGAUCGGAGACUUUCUUGAAACUGAAAGACGCCAUCUUGGUUUCUGUCAAUUUAGCUCAUAAGUUAAUUUUUUUAAUCGCUUUCAUUGAAACAUUUUACUUUGUUAAGAAAUAGCCAAGGGUGCGUCCAUUAAUUACGUGAGGCUAAUUUGGCGAUGUUUCGGCCGUCCUCCACCAUUGGGGAGAUCUCGUGAGAUUUUGCUCACCCCCUCCCCCAUAAUCCUACAUGAGAUUUUUCAAAAUGCGUAUUUUUAGUUUAAAUACGUUAAUCUGUGCUUGAUUACAUUGUAUUUAUUAAAUAAAACAUAAUUUGCUUGAUUAUUUUUAUUUAAGACUAGUUAAGACUACUAUUUAGGACAAAACAUUUUCAAGAAUCACAGUGAGAAAAUCAAACAAUAAAAUACUUAAAUAGGAACUACUAAAAUUCGUAAAAGAAGAUUAAUUCUAAUUCAGUCCACGGGGACUCAAGUGUGGUCUCAAGAGGCAUUCACAUAAACGCAAUAAAUAUUAUAGUGUAGGAUUUAGUUAUAUUUUAGUGGAGAACGUGUUUUACUUAAUUUAACCCAGUUUUCUCGCAAUUUUACACUGUUUCUUGCAGCAAAAAAAUUACGUGAUAUAUGCUGAGACCCUUCCUCCACCCUGGUGAUAUGUCGUGGGAUUCGGAUUGACCCCCUCCCCCCUAAACUCUGCACAUAAUAAAUGGACGCCCACCAAAAUAUAUUAGGCAUAAUGAAUAAAGUUUAUAGUGAUUGGCUGGAUAUAUUUUCCCCCAAACAUUUUAGAAACUUUUAUGUAAAUAUUGCAGUAACAUUAUAACUUUAUUGAUUUAGUGUUAAUAUGUUAUUGUAAAGUAUCUGGAAAAGUGUGAUGAAUGGGAAUGAUUUACUAAUGAAUUUAUUUAACAACGAAUAUAGCUAAUAUUGUUAGCAGUCACUCUGUUUUAUAUUUCCAGGAAAUGUCAGUGUGGCCUUUUUGCAUUAAAAAUGGCAAAUUUUCAAUAAUAAACAAUGGUAAAUGUAGUCGACGUCAGUUUGUCGACCGUAACCAGUAUUCCAGUAAUGAUAUUGGUAAUGUGCAGAUGUUUAAAUAUUUUGUGUAUAUUUAAGGGACUGUGUGUUGGUUUUAAAGCAAUGAAAUUGUGUGAAAUCAAUAACUUGUUGCAUUCACCUGCUCGAGGAAACUUGACUGAAUUAUAUGCUAGUAAAAUGCAUCACAAUAAUAAAAAUUAUUUAGUACAUGUAAAGGUAGGGUAGUUCUCAGUUUUAAUGUCAACUAAUUAAUGUUACAUGAGUGUUUAAUAAAUAAAAAAUGCAUUUCUGCUUUGUGCAGCCAGUUUGUAAAUAAAGCAUGUAACUUAUACAGUUUAAAUACCUAUUUAAAGUACCUAUCAAUAUUAUUUUACUAAACUAUUUAGGAAGUUAGAGAAUUUUAAUUGGUAUUGAACAAACCAGUUUUCUAACAAUGCUAAUCAGUUUUAGGUAGGUACUUAAGAAAAACUCCUUAAUUUAUGAGCAACUUACUGUCUGAGAAUGAAGUAGAUACUAGGUACUAGGUACCAAAUAAAUAUAUUUACAUUUCUUAAUGUAUGACAUACUUACUGAAAAUAAAAUUAGUAUCGACUUAUUAAUAUUGCUCCACAGUGUUUGAAGUAAUGGCAUAUGAGAACCUUAAAACAGCUGAUCACCAACUUCAUGGGUUCAUUACAAUUUACCAUGAUGUAUAUUUUGAACAGUUCAUCCCAAUUAUUAGAAUUACAGAGUGUAAAAAUUAUCUCUCAUAGCUUUUUUAUUACAUUUUUUAUACCUAACUUAAAUAUAUAGUAAAUCAGUGUAUGGAAUCAGUCCGGGGGUAAGGAAGGAAUCUAAAUGCACCUAAUUGUUGUAUUCUGGUUUUGACAUGUAUGCUCCAGCUUGUAGGCUAAACAGCAGGGGAAAAACAACUGAUUAUUUUAUAAGUGAAACUGCAGAUGUAAUAUUUACUCGAAGUCACGAAUUUUGGUUUUUACAAGUGUCCACAUAUAGAUACUGUUGUUUAUCAUUCCAUUAUGUUAAUAAUUCAUUCGUAAUGAAAGUGUAACUAAAAUAUUUUGAAGCCAAGAUUUCGGAAAUAAAUUAAGGUCAUGUAUAAAGAUUAUCUACCAACGAAAAUUAUGAUAUGUAGUCCAUAUUAAUGAUGAAUAUCUACGUUGGCCAAAUACCAAUUACUAGACUUUAUGGGGCAGGAAUAAAUACUAGAACAUUUCUCUGUGUUCAUUUAAAACAAUUUGUUCACAUCCGGAACCAUAUUCUAUUCCAUGGCUUACAAUAAAAAAAAUUUCAUACUUUUUGGGGAUCCUUAAAUCUCCCAUUAUUCAUUUGUAAAAAUAUAAAUACUAGAAAGCUGAUUUCCAUAACAUUGUAUCCCCUACACCCCCCACAAACAUUACAUGCAUUAGGACGUAACUGUAAAUUUAAUAUCUAUUUAUGUGUUCUCUGUGUUCUGUGGAUUCAUCAUCUCCAGAGGGUGGCCACGUGUGAAGCUGUAUUUUUUUCUCUAGCUAAUUGUUGCGCCAUGUUGGUUAGACGUCCAAAACAGAAGUAUAGUUUUUGCAUUGUAGAUUAUAUGAAAGUGACUGAUUUUAACAUUAAAGAUUCUUAUUCAUACAUAUUAACCAUCAUCAGACAUUUUCAAACACCAUUUCCGCAAUGUUUUAGGCGGAACAGUAUGACGAUGGUGAGGCUAAAAAGUGAUUUAAAUUACGUCACAGCUUGCCAUCUCCUGACAAUUCCUAAUUCCAUGGUUAUCUCACAGAAGUACGGGUAUAAACAAUUAAAAAACAGUAUUGGGUUGCCGAUAAAUUAAACAUAUAGGUACUAUACAUUUUGCAAACAUACAGGUGGUUUUUUUUGGUGUCUUGGGUUGUGUUCACACACCAGUUUACAUGGUGUGUGUGAACGCAAAUCAACACAAAAAAAAAGUACAAUCGGAUAAUAACUCUACUAACUAUGCUAGAAUAAAAUAAAGAUGAAAUUGAAUUACUUUUGAUGUAACUAUUGACUGUAAAAUCUCCCUCAAAAAAUUUAGUUGAAUAUCAAGAAAUAAGUAAGAAAAAUCUGACAACUACAGUAUAAUGUAGCUCACUAGCUGCUGUUACACUAUGUUACUGCAGAAGUGUGUGAGUGCUGAUGAGGUACAAUUUAAAAAUUUGUUCAGAUUUUUUUAUUAAAUUUUUAAGUAUACGUAUAUAUAGUUAUUAAAAUAAAUAUUUUGUAGAGAUACUGAUACUAACACUAAACAUUCCAUUUUUAUGUUAAGAAUAUUGUGAUAGUAUUGCAUAUUUAACAGAAUUUAAAAAAAAAAAUAAGUUACAGAAUUUAUUCUACUAUAUUUUAAUAUAUAAAAAAUAUUGAAUUUGGCAAUAUAUUUAAAAAUAUGUAAUGCUAUUUUGAAGUGGAAGUUUUUUUUCGUUAGGAUUGUGUUCUUUGAAUUUAAAUGUGUUUUGUACUUGAAAACCCAGAAAAUAUAAGUACCUAUAAAAAUAUAUAAGUGGGUAUAAUUUUUAACUUAAUAGGCUAUAUUGUUCAGUUAAAGUAUAAAUAAAAUUUAAAAUAUGAGUUACUUAUAAAUUCAAUGUAUUCUUGAGUAACUAUAGUUACAAACCAUGUUAGUUUCUGUAUAACAUUUAGUAUAUUUACAUUUAUAUUCACACCAAAAUUAAACUUAACAGUCACAUAUUUUACAGACAAAAAAUAGGCACCUUCUGAUAACAGUUUCCAAAAAACUUUUUUUGAUUGAAAUAAUAUCUCCCAGACAAGACAUUAAAAAAUUGUGGAUACAUAAUAUUACUCUGAAAAAUGAGUCAUUUUUAGUACUGUGUGUCAUGUUUAGAUUUUGAAGAAGUUGGAUUCUGAUUCUUCACAUUAAUUUGUACCUAUUUAAAUAAAAAUAAAUCAAUUUUUAUACAUUAUUAUAAAAAAAUAACAUUAUACCUAUCAGUAGCAUAAAUAUUCAUAAAAAAAAUUCAGGGAAGUGAAACCUAAUAAGAUUAAAAUCAGCAAAAAUAUAAGUAGAGUCGUAUAGUAAAACUGGAAGCAGUUUUAUGAACAUGUCAUUCUGCUAAUACCAAAAUAUGAAGCAUUAAACUAUAACAUCAAAUAAGCCAGAAUGUUCAAAUUUCCUACUUUAACAUUCAAAUUUAAAUUUUGUAGGAUAUGUGUUCUGACUGAUUUUUUCUUACAUAUGACUAUAUCACAAGUUGCAGUAUCACAACCAGGGCCACAACUAGGGGGGAGCAAGUGGGGCAUACGCCCCGGGCGCAAAGCUCUGGGGGCGCCGAAAUCGCUUGCAUUGUAAUCCCUACUACAACUGGUAACUGGUAAAAAUUUUUUUAACUUGCAUGCCAGGAAUGUCUAAUCUGAUUUACAAUAUAACGUCUCAACAUAUUUAUUUUAAAAUACUCUGAGAAAAAUGUUGAGUUCAUCAUUAACAUAAAAAAAUUGUAAAGGGAGAAGUUAGAAAGUUUUAAUGCGUCCUCUAUACGAAUACAGUACAAUGUUGUCAGAGAGGGUGGUACCACUGGCUGUGAGGAAGCAGUGGCGAUGGAAUAGUGAAUGCCUUAAAAUCCCGGUUUCAGGCUCUUCAAGCAAUUAAUGACAAGUUUAGCUUUUUAAAUGGGGAUAACAUCUACAAAAUGGAAGUUAAAGAUUUGAAGACUGCAGCCAAAUGGUUGUCUGAAACAUACAAAGAUGACAACAAUGGAGAAGAAAUAGUUCAAGAAAUGGAAAGUUUUAAACAUCACGCCUUGGAAGUUGAUGACACUAUGAAAACAGCAUCUGCAGCGACCCCCUUGAAGCUUAUUCACGAACACAGAAUUGAAGAAGGAUAUCCAAACCUGACCACAGCCCUUAAGAUAUUUCUUACUCUUCCUGUAACAGUUUCUUCAGGCGAAAGAAGUUUCAGCAAAUUGAAAAUUUUAAAAAAAUAUUUAAGAAAUAGUUUGAGGCAAGACAGACUGUCGAAUUUGAGCAUUUUUUCCAUAGAACACAAGAGAGCAUCCACUAUUUGCUAAGAUGAUAUCAAAAUCUUUGCUGCAAAAAGGUCUCGCAAUUUGAAUUUGAAUCUUUAAAAAACAUUUAUGACGACAAUUUAAUGAACAAGUCUAGUGAUUAUACGGACUCCUUUAUGGACAUAGUGGGUUCAUGCAUGGAAGGUACAGUAGCACAGAAACUGUUACAUGUAUAGGUAUGGAAAAUGCUUAAAUAGCACCAUUUUUCCGUGGGAGGCCCCCGGAUCACCGCUUUAUUGGUGUGGUAUGAGCUAAAAAGAGGGGGGGGGGGGGGGGGGGGGGGGGCGCAUGAAUCCAUUCAUGCCCCGGGUGCCAGAGACUCUAGUUGCGGCCCUGAUCACAACUCAUUUAUACCUACCUAUAAGUUUGAAAUGUAGGAAAGCAAUUUAAACAUUGCCAGUGAGUCGGAAGAAAAAAAAAAUUGUUGAUGAAAAAGUGUAAAUGAAUAAAUGUAACCAUGAGAUAGUCUUAUAAAUUUUUUAACAAAAAUAAAAAAAAUCACAUUUUUGUGUUAGCCUUUUACUGCAUUUCAGCAAACCAAAAUUACAGAUAAAAUGUUAAGAAAAUACUACAGGAGGGAGAGAUAUAUAUAUUUAGGUAUAGCUACUAUUAUGCACAUGCACUUCUCUUUAUACACAUCAGUCUUAAUGAAGUAAAAGUAUUGUCUAUUAUUUUUUAAAUUAAAAUAAAUGUAAUGCUUGUGAAUAUUAAUCUAAUGAACUUAAAAGCGGUUAGCAAGUUAGUGAUUCUAAAAUAAUCAACUUUUAUUAAAAAUUAAAUAAUGUAUGUAGGCCUAAGUAUACUUAUAUGUUUUUCUUUGAUGAUGUGUUUUUUUGUACAGGAUAGAAAUGUAAUGAGAGAAGUAAUGUAUGUUUAUUAGUGCCUUAAAAAUUAUUUUUAAAAUGGACAAAUGAUUCCCUUAAAAAAUUAUUUGAAUAGAAAAUAAACUUUAAACACAGUAUAACUCAGUUUAACACACAUGACCAUGAUGUAAACAAACAACUUUCUGAGAAUACAAGGAUUCAGUAGUAGUAUUGGAAGAUUGGUAUUUGUAUUACCCAUAAUCUUAGUCAAUAUAUAUAUUUGUUGUAUUUGACUGCAUUUAAGGUUAUGUAUUUGUUACUCAUAAAUAUGAGUAUUCGAGACUAGUUUCAAGGACUACAUAGUGAGUUGUGUAGGUUCAGUAAGUUAGUUCAUAUUGCUGUGAAAAUAUUUAACUUGAGAUGUUCAAUCUGAAAGGCUAGCCGCUGUACUGCCUCAUGCCAGUUUAUAACAGUACGGUAUUCAUACUUAAAGAGAUUAAGUAUGAAUUUUCUUUAUUUUGUAAAAUUAGUUAUGCAUUUGGGUAUGAACCCCACUUAGAAUUUGAUUGCUUCUUGUAGCCAGGGGCAUAGCCAGGGAGGGGGUUUUAGGGGUUCAAACCCCCCCCCCCCACUUAGCACCAAAUCAUUAAUUAAUUUCUUAUUCAUCACUCAAAAAAUUUCAUAUUAAAAUUAAUAAAAAUUUGUACCAUUACAAUAUUUAAAUUUAAGAACCGAAAACUGCUAAAAUAGCACUAUUUUACACCUUAAAAUCCAAAUUUUCCCGGGGGAGGACCCCCAGACCCCCCGCUGUAAUACGGGGGGGGGGGGGGGGGAAUGCUUCUUAACACCCCCCAUACACAAAUCCUGGCUACGCCACUGCUUGUAGCUAACUAUGUUAUAAAUCAAAACUAUAAGAAGGUUUGUUUAACAUUUCCAUCUGCCUAUACAAAAUUUGACUAACUAACACAAAUACAGCAUAAUACCUACUCCACUAUCACACAUGACUAUAAAUCAAUUUCUGAAAUGCAAUAAUAACGUUUAUCAAAUCUGCUGGUUAAAUAUUUUUUUCUAAACAAUUUGUUAACCAAAACCACUCUGGUGUACUUACUUUCAUGGAAAAAAAAUCUGCCUUCUGGCAAUUACUUUAUAAAUAAUUGCUAUAAACAUGCUAACGAAAAGAAACAAGUAUUAGAGUGAUGGUAAGUUGUAAUGUGAGUGAAAUUAUAAAAUGUGAUAGAAAUAUUUUAAGUAGGUAGUGUUAUUUUAUGCUUAUAACUAACAAACUUAAAUUUCUAAAGAAGCAUGAAGUUAGUGGGUUAGCAAAAUUAUUUUCAGUGGGAAAAAAAGCAUGUUAUCUUUUUAUUAAUCAGCACAGUUAAAUAAGCACUGUUGUAAUUCAUAUUGGUGUUGGGGUAAGGUAGAAUGUCAUUAUGUGCCUAUUUCACUUUGUGAAUAGCUCAUUUUUUAACCUUGUCAGUUUGACUCCGUCCACAUGUUGUACAGUAUUUAAAAUAACAUAUUCUAUAAAAUAUAAAUCACUAUGUGUAUUAUUGAGUGCAAUUUGAGAUUUGUAUUGUUAGUUACUUUUAAACCUGCAUGUAAGAUAAUUUUCAUUGCAUUAAAUUGCAUUUAGUUGAACUAAUGUUGAACUAGUAGUUUGCUUUAUAUUAUGUUAUGUACUUAAUAAGCACAUAUUUAGCAGCUUUGAAAACACAUAUCAACAUAUUAUAUUAAAUUUAAGAAUGGUUUUAUGAUAAUAUAACCUGUAGUUAUUAUUGUCAACUAAACCAAAUGUGUAAAGUAAAUGUUUUGCUAUAAUAAUUAUGUACUAGAUGAGUACCUAACUGUGUAACUAAGCAAUAUGCAUGUAUAUAGAAUAAACUAACACAUUGAGAACCAAACAAAUACAAUUGCAAUGAAAUAUGUAGGUACAUAUUCAUUAAGAAGUAUUGAAAUUGUUACUGAUAACAAACCUACUGAAAUCUUUAGACUUUAAAUUUCAGGCAGUGUUUCAAUGGGUUGAAUUUUGUAUAAAACUUGGCUAUUUGACCCAAUUUAGUCUAUAGAAUUAAUGACGUACCUACUUAUUUUUUGUCGACGUUGAAGCUGUCAAAUUACAAAAUACAAAUCACUAACUUAUGCUCUCAUAUAAUGUUUUUCAUAUCUUCUUCAUGGAGGCUUAUCAUUUUUAUGCAAGAUUUUGCCAAUGAAAUUGUCAAAAUCAGCUGAUGUAAACCACAGUGUAGGAUAUAUUUUUUUCAUUUGGCAUCACAAUGGAUGUAGUAUGGUUUAAAAUAUUGUAUUUGUUAUUUAAUGCAGUACUUUUUUUUAUUAAUGUGUGGUAACUAGUGACAAGCGGUCAAACACUUACUGCAGUUAAACUCUGACCGGCAAAGUGUAACUGGAGGUUAUGACUUCAGCAGCAACAUGCUGAAAGCAUGCACCAUGUCACACAUUUUGGACAAUCUGUUGGAAAAAAUAAGUGAUUCAAUUUUUAGACCAAGAAUAUUUUACGGUACAUCCUUUUAUUGAAAUAAAGGACUAUCAAUAUUGUCAUAAUAAUUUGACCUAACUACAGCAUCACAGAAAUGGUUAAAUUUAGGAAUAUACACUCAAACUGUGAAUAAUAUAUAUUAAUAUUUACUAAAAUAAAACUAGGUAUGUUAAAUAUUAUUUUAAUUUCAGUUUUAUGUUUAUUAUGAAAUUUUGGCCCGAAUUUGCGGUAGUUCGAGACACCAACUACUGUGCAUUUUACUAAAUGAUUGCUCUUUCGAUUUCACUAACAUUUUUUGUGUCUUAAAUAGGUAGUAAAAUUUGAACAAGAAACAAUGAGAAAAUUCCACGCGAAUUGAAGCCUGGCUUCAGAGUCAUACUUUUUCAAAUAUACAUUUGUGGUAGUUUUUUUUUAAAAUUUUCUUUUUUGAAGUAAAGGUGCCUGAUUUUUCCAAAAGUGCGCAUCAGCAAAAGCACGUGUGAGUAAUGUACGUAUUAUAUAAAAUGUUUUUUAAAUUACCCAUUAGAAUUGCAUCGAAAAAUCUCCAGACAUUUGUUUCUAUAAGUGCUGCAAAUUACUAUUAUAUUUCUUGUUCUGUUUAUUUAGUGAAACACUAACAUGUAUAUUUACUACAUAUUUUAUGUUUUAAUGGAAAAUAAAGUAGGGAGGUUGUGUCUUAUUUUCUGUUGUAUAGUAACAGGGAUGUGUCAGAACUGUAAAUAAAUUAGAAAGCAAAAAUACUGCAAUACUGUGAUUGUAGGUUGCUAUGUUGGAGCACAAAUAGGCCUAAUACUACGAAUAUGAACUUGUAGUUGUUUGCACAUAUAUAUGUGAUAAAAAGUGUUUUUAUUCUUGUUGAUAAUAAUUUAUAUGCUGUUAUUUUCAAUUUGAAUGGAUUCAGUACACAUAUUUAUUUCUAAAAUGAUACUCAUCCUCAUGAUCAGCAUUCAAGCAUGUUUGAUGCUAAGGUGAGGAAACUGCCAGCUAUGUCUAGCCAAGAAAAUUUUUUAAUGUGUUGGUAUUAUAAUUGUAUUCCACGGUGGUCUCAUAGUUUAUCGAAUUCACCCAGAUAAACGUUUGGUGGUGCUCAGUGGCGUACAGUUUAAAUUGUUCAUUUGUGGUUUUAUCCUCACAAAAGUUUUGAAGCUUACAUUAUUAGAGGUGCACUUACCUGAAGCAAGUCAGCAAGUAGGGUGGCAGUUACGAGAGCAUUAGCGCACAUACCAAGUGCCUCAACACGUUUAGACGCAGUAUACCCCGAACUGAUGUGCAGUCUUUUUAUUGUGCUGCAUCAUCUAUGGAGCUUUAAGCAGUGAAACAUUGACCUUAUAAGUUAAUUUCACACGAUAAACAAAAAGUGUCUUAUGUACAUAACUUACAUUAUAUGUAUUAAAUUCUAAUUUAUUUAUGAUUAAAUAAUAUUAUUAUCAAGUUAUCUUUUUUGGGCUGCUUUCAUUAUGACUAUUCAGUUUUUGUGUCAUGACGUGAUCUAUAAAUGACAAACAAUUUGUAAUAAAAAACAUAUAUCUACACAAAAUCCAUACAGCAAAAGAGUUUCAGGCAUAUUUAUGAAAUGUUCUAGAAACACUGUAAAUAUAUUGUUCUGAAAUAGAUCGGAAAAAUUGUAUACUGUUUAUAAAACUUAAGUGCCUAGCAUUCUGAAACAACAGAUAUAAAGUGUGCUGACAGUUUAGAUCAACACUUAUUCUAAAAGCUGUUACAGAAAAAAAAAUUGUUUUUGAAAUUGAGAACAUUACCAAAAACCUUAAUCUUAUCCAGUUACUGCGUGAAAAAUCCUGAUUACAGUAUUUAUUGCAUUUACAAUUAAUUUUUAAAUCACAAAACAAAGAUUAUUACUUUGCAGUUGAUAUUUAUUUUUCAAGUGAAACCUAGUGAUUGAGUGGUCACAUCACUCUUCUCCAACCCAAGCAACGGGGUUAGAUUCCAGGGAGAGACAAACCUGGAGUUUUCGCAAGUGAAAAGCUUUGUGGAAGUUGGCAUGGCCUUGUGGGUUUUCGCGGAGUACUCCAAUUCCCACCGUUCAUUCAUUGUGUCGAUACUCCAUACCCAUCUCAUGACCUAGAUGACCACGAGACAAACUCAUUUAUUUAAUUCAAGUAAAACCAGUUAACAUCACUUGUCUAUUAAAUAUAUGUAGGCCUAUAUAUAUAGUUAAAUUAAUAUUGAUUUUUUGAUUUUUACAUGUUUAACAUUUGAAUACAGGCCUAAGUAGGGAUAAAGUUUUAACCCAGUUAUAAAGAAUUUUCUUGGCUUUAAAUGUUGUAUCAAUAUGUGCCUUUUUACCCAUACUGAACAGCUGGCAUAAUCUAGCAUAGACUAUAUUUUGCAGCUACAUACUAGUUUUUAAGUACAAGUGCUCAAGAAUAAUAUUCUUGUAACUAUUAAACAUCAUGUAAAAUUGUUUUUACUUUUAAAAUUAGUACUGAUGUAUAUUAAUAGCUAUAAAUAUCAUGUUGGUAUUUUUAAAGGUUUUGUGUUAUAUAUAAUGUGUGAGAGGUGUACUUUAGUAAUCUUUGAUAUAUAUCAAUGUAUUCAGCCCUUCUGUGCAGCUAAAAGACAACAGGAAUAAGGGAAUGUUUUGUGUGCCCAAUACACUUGUUAUUUUAAGAAUUACCUAAUAUAUUAGUUUUAUAAAAUAAAAUGUAUAAAAA